AUGAGUAAGAAGGUGGUACUCGAGGAAGAGCAGUACGUUGAGGCGCUCGGCCAGAUCAUUGAGCGGGACUUCUUCCCAGACCUUCCUGGACUCAAGAGGCAGACAGAGGUGUUACGUGAUGGAGACGAGAGUAGGACAGAAACGGAUACUUUGUUACGUGGGGCAAGUGCAAGAGGGACUCCGUCAGUGCAAAGUAAUGCUGGUGGCAUGGGGUGGGACCAAGCUACCGAGCGUUCUGUUAAUCUCGGCUUGGAGUUGGACGCAAAACAUGCUGAUAGAGACGGCACCAAUGCUUCAAUGACACUGGGCCGCUUUGUAGCAACGUACACUUCAGAGGACAAUGAAUCGUUCAAUGAACUGCAAGAAAAGGCAGUAAGGGACCAUCGGCGACAGUAUCAUUGGGCGUACGAUGAAGAUGAGGAAAAGGGUGAUCCGAAGCUGCAUUUGUUGACGGAUGGGACGUGGAUUUCAAAGGAGCAGCGACAACUUGUUGACGAGUCGUGUGCUCCAAAAGGCAUAAAAGACGAGAGACCUAGUGCUCCCGAGACGUGGGUGUUUCGCGCAAGAAAUGCGCUCUUGUUUCCACCUGAUGUGGCAGGAGUGCAGGAUCUUUGUAAGGUUCCAGCGGGUUCAGAAGAACAGCUUUUACUCGAAAAUGGCCCAGAUUCACGCGUUAGGCAGCCACCGAAGGCGAGGAAGAAGAUAGUUUACGCGAACUCCAGAUUCCCCACCGAGGAUCUCCGUGCGGCCAAAAAUGGAGCGAUGUUACCAUCGUCUCGAAAGGAUUAUUCGCUAGUGCCAAUGACGCCACUUAUUGCGCCAGGUGUGCAUGGAAGUCCGCUGAUGACAUGGGGAGAGAUUGAAGGCACGCCUGCAGUCCUUGAGGCCCUCCCAGUUCGCAAUCUGCAAACACCAAGUUUUGAGCUUCAAGAGACGUCGCGACGAGAGAAACUUGCCAAUCGACUGGAAUCGGAAGCUCGCCGUCGCAAUCUCGACUCAAGGAUGCCAGGAAUCAAGACCCCGUCGAGAAAGCGACCGGAAUUCGAUCGAACGUCAGUAUCGCGCAGUGUUCGUGCCCGCGUUUCCAGCAUUCGGUCGACCCCAGUAGGAUCCGAUGUGCAGUUGAGGGCAAGCUAUUCUACACCUUCGCGGCCACCGCGUCAUUUUUCCAAAACACAGAAAAGAAACGAUAAAAGAUGCUGA